UUCUGCUGCGUGAAUAACCCAAACCCCAAUUUGAACUCUCUCUCUCUCCUCUUCUCUCUAAAAAAGGAAAACCUGCCUCCGGUCACCGCCCUACCCGAUAUUCGAAGCGACUUGAUCAUUAAUUCCAGCUGGCCCCGCAAUGGCUGAAGAAGCAGGUGGUAUGUUCGUGGUUCAGCAAACUGUUGGCAGCGUGCUGUGUUGCAAGUGUGGUGUCUCCAUGACACCCAAUGCUGCCAAUAUGUGCGUCAAGUGUUUGCGCUCCGAGGUUGAUAUCACCCAAGGUUUGCAGAAGCAGGUGACCAUUCUCCAUUGCCCCGAGUGUGAGACCUACUUGCAGCCUCCAAGAACGUGGAUCAAAGCCCAAUUAGAGUCCAAGGAGCUGCUAUCCUUCUGUAUUAGGAGAGUGAAGAACUUGAACAAAGUUAAGCUGGUUCAUGCCGAAUUUAUUUGGACCGAGCCUCACUCCAAGAGGAUCAAGGUGAAACUGAAAGUUCAGAAAGAGGUUUUGAAUGGAGCACUACUUGAACAGUCUUUUGUUGUUGAGUAUGUUCAGCAAGAACAUAUGUGUGAACCUUGUUCCAGGGCCCAGGCUAACCCUGACCAGUGGGUUGCAUCUGUGCAACUCCGCCAGCAUGUUUCUCACAAACGCACCUUUUUCUUUCUCGAGCAGCUGAUUCUCAAGCAUGGUGCCGCUGCCAGUGCCAUAAGGAUUAAGGAGACAGAUAAAGGGAUCGACUUCUUUUUUCCAAGCCGGAGCCACGGCUUGAAAUUCGUGGAAUUUGUGGGUAAAGUUGCACCAAUAAAGAGUCGCCAUGACAAACAGCUUGUUUCACAUGAUCAGAAAAGCAAUAAUUUUAAUUAUAGGUAUACAUUCUCAGUUGAAAUAUGCCCCAUUUGCCGUGAGGAUUUGAUUUGUCUGCCUCCCAAGGUCAAAUCUAGUUUGGGUAAUCUUGGUCCUCUUGUGAUCUGCACUAAAGUAACCAACAGUAUUGCGUUGCUUGAUCCUUUCACCUUGAGGCAUGGUUUCUUGGAUACUGAUCAGUAUUGGAGGUCAUCCUUUAAGUCUCUUCAUACGAGCAGGGAGCUAGUGGAGUAUAUAGUGCUGGAUGUGGAGGUUGUUUCGCCUGAAGUUACUAUUGGUGGCUCAAGGUAUGCUUUAGCUGAUGCACAAGUUGCUCGCCUGUCUGACUUUGGGAAGAAUGACACUAUUUUCAACAUAAAAACACAUCUAGGCCAUCUUUUAAGUCCUGGGGAUUAUGCUCUUGGUUAUGACUUAUAUGGGGCUAAUAGUAAUGAUGACGAACUGGAGAAGUACAAGGGUCUGGUCAUUCCAGAAGCAAUUUUGGUAAAGAAGAGCUAUGAAGAAAAGCAUCAGAAGAAGCGUGGGAAGCCUCGCUCAUGGAAGCUUAAGUCCCUCAACAUGGAAGUUGACGAUAAAGGUAGAGGUGAGCAAGAAAGGGUGGACUCGGAGUAUGAACAGUUCUUGGAUGAUCUGGAGGAGAACCCUGAAAUGAGGUUCAAUGUAUCACUGUACCGCAAUGAAGAAUACCAAAAGCCAUCAGAGACUGCAUCAGUGACUGAUGGGGAAGAUCUACCUUCUGUAACACUUGAGGAGUUGCUUGGUGACCUUGGACUAGGUGAGGCCGAAGUUGGGGACAGCAGCAUGAGGAAGUAAGAAGAAAAGGAAACGAGGUUAGUUGGAUGGUAACUGUCUCACAGGGCAGUGUGUCGGUCUGGGUUUUCUUUCAAUUGGACUGUCUUGCUGCCAUUGUAAGCCGUAAAGCAUGUUUGAAAAGUCUCUUUCUUAGCUCUCCUGCUUAGAACAGAAUUUGAGUUUGCUCCUCUUUGAGAGCCAUGUGGUUAUUAGUUAUUAGUUUAUUACAGUACUAGUUUCAUUGAGUUAAUGUACUUUCCUGGCUAUAAAUAGCUCAUAAUUCUUGUUAAUUGUUA